UACCGCCACCAACUCCUUCCUCUUACACACAGUCUCACACAAAAACACGCAGAGAUGACGCAUCAGAAAAAUCAGUCGGUUGCAGAUCGCCGAAAAUCGAUCUCCGAUCGCCGUUUCAAGAAUGAGAAAAAGAGCUCAAGUUCCGAAAGUUUGGGUUUCUUUUCUGAAUCACCAAAGGACUGGAAUGAUUUCGCUUCGAUCAUGGCGAAGUCGGACGAGAAUCUUCUCAGUGAAUCAGCUGAGAAUGGAAUUGAUUUAUUGAGUCCAGACACUUCACUUGCGUUGGCCACUGUUGCUUCAUCUGAUCUCUCCCCUCUGUCAUCAAUAACCAUGUCUGAUGAGCACGAAGAAGCUACAGACACAACUGAUCCAUCUACAACUAUGAAUUCAGAAACAGGGAGCUUAACUAGUGUUGAGGCAGAGCUAGUAGUGAAACUUCUUAACAGAGCUAUAAAUUCAAGAGGCACGAACUUGAAAACUAAGAAGGUUUUGGAUGCUUUGGUUAAUCUCGUUGUUGAAGAGUUCAUUCAGUUGCCUGAGGAGAAGGACAGCUUCAAUGAACUCAUGGCCAGAAAAGCCAAUCUUGUUGUUCUGAGCUUCUUGCUGUGGACCAUUGCUGUCUUUGCAGCUCUUUUCUUCUCUGGAAGCCAACGAUCCUUCAGUGGAGCAAUACCACCAACCUGAAGGAUGCUUGCUGUUUGAUUAACGGAUAAAAAUCAGCUUUUUCUGCAGUCUUUACUUCUCCCACUGGAUGCAGGUGAAAACUGGAUGUUCUUGGGUUUUGAUAUCUCUUUUACCUCUAGCUUGUGGCAUUAUAGCUACAGUAAGUUUGGAAGAUUUGAUAAUUGUGUAAAAAUCAGAUCAAGCAAAUUUUUGGAUUUAGUUAGAUUGCAUUUCCUCUUACUGGUUUACUACACUGGAUGCAACACAUUUCUCUCCUGGAUAAGUGUAACAUGUGUCAUCCUUAAGAGUUCUACAUCGUUAUUCUCGAAUGUAAAUGUGCUUCCUCGCAGAAAAGCUGUAAGUAAAGCCCCUAUGCUGAAGGGUACACUUCACCAUAAACAGAUGUGUUACUUUGGGUUGAAUAUAUGCUUGUUGCAGACAUGAGUACUUUCAAUUAUGAUGGUUACGAGAUAGUUUUACACUCCUUUCCUUAUUGUUUGUCUUUUUAAUUAUCACUUGACCUUGAAUUCGUGUCCAAAUUGAGACAUGAUUAUCAUACAACGAGAAAAUACGAAAGGCAAAUAAAACCAAAUAGAUCCAUAUGGCUGUCUACUGCAUUUUGCAUUUAUUUGAACGGUCUUUGGCCUGCCUGGAACUCUGCUUUGCUUUAUGAUCAAUCAUUGUUUCACUAAAAUUCUAAAGUAUUAAAAAUUCAUCCUGUUGAAUCCUCGGAGCCAAGGAAGAGACUUCGACCCUUUGACAUAGGAAAUGUCUGAGUCAUACGUAAUUCUCCUCUUGGAAUGUAAUUUCUCCCUUCUGUUGUGAACUGAUUUUGCUCCUGUCUGUGCUAAGGAAAUAUCACCUUUGCUGAGAAAAUGCAGAGUUUAGAAGGUUUGAGCAUCUCAACGUAAGUUUUUAUCAGCUAUGACAUGGCUUGAGGUAAUUAUUUCUUGGUCAAUGAAUAUAUCUGCUCUGAAGCUCUGGAAAAUUUCCGUUGUUGGCCUUGUUAAAGGCUUCUAAUUCUGUUCAUUAUAGCUUGCUUUCAGAUGAUUUCUUGAAGUCAUUUAAUAGAUGGGAGAUCAUACUUGACCACGUUGCCUGACUGAGGGCUCAGAGCACAUAUUGUAGAAUCAGCUGUGGCAGGAUCUGAAAAUUGUAACAUGGCUUCAUUGAUGCUAGUUUACUAAUUACUACUGUCUUUUCAAAAAU